UGCUGAGUCGGGAUGGGGUCCCCCAUUCUUGCAUUUGUGGUGGAGGGGAUGCUCAGACCCGGUCCCAGCCGGAGCCGAGCCCCCGCGGCCUGUGAGGCCCCCGACAUCCUAAUGGUGGGCUGGAGAUAAGGGGGCGAGGAGACUAGGGGUUUAGUCCCAGGUCUUGUUGCGCCCCCCCCCCCCGUUAUCUGCCGGCUGCUGGCUUUCCAGCACGUGUGCAAGAAAAUCACUGUCCCUUUCUUGCUGACCCCUGAACCCCCGUGGAUGGGUUCGAGAGCGAGACUCCCGCACCCCCGCACCCUCAUGCCAGGCGGGGCAGGCAGACAGUAAGCCUAGAAACACCGUGUUUUAGAAAGCAGAGGCUACGGAGAGCAAAAGUACAAGCAGCAGGUUUGGGGCUUAUAGUUGCAAUUCAGAAGUGGAUAUUUGACCAGGGGUGGCUAGUGAACCUCUGCGGCGCUCCCCGCAGUGACUACCUCCUUGGCCUGGAACCAGCUGCCUGGACACACCAAGUGUGGUAGCCAUGUUUUCUGAGCAGGCUGCCCAGAGGGCCCAGACUCUGCUGUCCCCACCUUCCACCAACAAUGCCACUUUUGCCCGUGUGCCUGUGGUGACCUACAGCAACUCUUCCCAGCCCUUCCGCUUGGGCGAGCGCAGCUUUAACCGCCAAUAUGCCCACAUCUAUGCCACCCGCCUUGUCCAGAUGCGGCCUUUCUUGGAGAGCCGUGCCCAGCAGCACUGGGGCACUGAGGUGCAAAUCAAGAAGCUGUGUGAGCUGCAGCCUGCAGAGAAGUGUUGUGUGGUGGGGACCCUCUUUAAGGCCAUGCUGCUCCAGCCCUCCAUCCUGCGGGAGGUCAGCGAGGAGCACAACUUGGUCCCCCAACCCCCUCGGAGCAAAUACAUCCACCCGGACGACGAGCUGGUCCUGGAGGACGAGUUGCAGCGCAUCAAGCUAGAGGGCAACAUCGCCGUGUCCCGGCUGGUGACAGGGACUGUGCUGGCUGUACUGGGCUCUGUGCGUGAUGAUGGCAAGUUCCUGGUGGAGGACCACUGCUUUGCAGAACUUGCGCCCCAGAAGCCCGCACCCACCCUGGACUCGGACCGGUUCGUGCUCCUGGUAUCUGGCCUGGGGCUGGGUGGUGGCGGCGGUGAGAGCCUGCUGGGCACCCAGCUGCUGGUGGACGUGGUGACAGGGCAGCUGGGGGAUGAGGGAGAGCAGCGCAGUGCCGCCCAAGUGUCCCGCGUCAUCCUGGCUGGGAACCUGCUGAGCCACAGCACCCAGAGCCGGGACUCCAUCAACAAGGCCAAGUACCUGACCAAGAAAACCCAGGCAGCCAGCGUGGAGGCUGUCAAGAUGCUGGAUGAGAUCCUCCUGCAGCUGAGUGCCUCAGUGCCCGUGGAUGUGAUGCCAGGAGAAUUUGACCCCACCAACUACACGCUCCCCCAGCAGCCCCUGCACCCCUGCAUGUUCCCCCUGGCCACGGCCUACUCCACCCUCCAGCUGGUCACCAACCCCUACCAGGCCACCAUUGAUGGAGUCAGAUUCCUGGGGACAUCAGGACAGAAUGUGAGUGACAUCUUCAGGUACAGCAGCAUGGAGGACCACCUGGAAAUUCUGGAGUGGACGUUACGGGUCCGUCACAUCAGCCCCACAGCCCCUGACACACUUGGUUGCUACCCCUUCUACAAAACUGACCCAUUUGUCUUCCCUGAGUGCCCACAUGUCUACUUCUGUGGCAGCGCCCCCAACUUUGGCUCCAAAGUCAUACGAGGUCCUGAGGGCCAGACGGUGCUGCUGGUGGCUGUCCCGGACUUCAGCACCACGCAGACAGCCUGCCUGGUGAACCUGCGUGGCCUGGCUUGCCAACCCAUUAGCUUCUCAGGCUUUGGGGCUGAUGAGGACCUGGGAGACCUGGGCCCCUGACCAAAGGCCCACCACCCCUCCCUGCACCAGCUAUGCCCAGGGCACCUCCAUUCUGUAAAUAAAGCAAAACUUAACCUUCCUCCUGA